UGUUCCCAUUCCCAUUCCCAUUCCCAUCGCCUUCCUCUUCCUGCCAGGCCGGUCUUUGGUCACAAACACCACAGACUUGUCAACCCUGUCGCUGCUCGCGCUGAGCCGUCGUCUCUGGUAGACGCACUGCUAAGGGCCCACGCAAGAUGCCGGGCCUGCUACCGAGCAGACCGAGCUUCAGUGGUAGUCUGUCUGCCACUGGUGGCUCGCCUCGACCACUCUCCCCUCAUAAUGUCGACCCCAACAUCACGGCCCCUUAUGAUGAGGGCCCACAAUACGCCCCUUAUGUCUCCGACCCUACCCACCCAGACUAUGACCCUCGCAUCGACCCUGCGCUUCAGCUACGCACCGUACGAACGGCAGCUGCGUCCAUCGCCGAGUCGCACGCAUCUGAUGCUCGCAGAGAGGCAAAGAGGAAGAGCGACAAGAAGAAGAUGGGAAGGUCAAACACGCUUCUAAAUAAGCUCGGUAGAGGGAGAACGACGCGGCGAAAGAACGGCAGUCAGCAAGGAGGAACUCUCGGCGCUCUCAUUCAAGACGAGCUUCGUAUCGCAGGCCAGGGAAAGGGAGGAGCACAAGGGACUGGUGGGCAGGGAGUAGGCGUACCAUUCGAUUCUGCGCAGCAAGACAAGACGCCCGCAGUUCCUGUGGCUGACCUUGACGAAGAGGCAGAGCAGGAGGCUCAGAAGGAGGCCAAGUCAACCUCAAAUGGCCCAGCUGGAUCUCGGCGCAACAUCUACCUCAACAUGCCCUUGCCCUCCUCGGACCUCAACCGCAGCGGGGAACCCCGUACCAUGUACCCUCGCAAUCGAGUUCAGACAUCCAAGUACAACGUCGUCACGUUCCUGCCUCGCUUCCUCUUUGAGCAGUUUCAUCGACUGGCCAAUGUCUAUUUCCUCGGCCUCGUCGUGAUGCAAAUCCCGAGCAUCUUUGGCGCCACUCUGCCUCAGAUUGCCAUGCUGCCCCUCGUGGCCAUUCUGACGUUGACCGCCAUCAAGGAUGGCAUCGAGGACCACCGCCGACAUAUCCUCGACAACCAAGUCAAUAACUCGGCCGUCACCAAGCUCGGUGGCUGGCGCAAUGUCAACCAGCCCAAGGAUGCGCGUACCUGGCUGCAGAAGUUGCUUGGCUUGAGCGGGAGAGGGGAGGCCAAAAUAUCGCGAGGCGUACGCAAGCUGCGAGAGAAGGAAGAUGCCAUCGGUAUGAGGUCGAUGAGGGAGAACAAGUCAAAGUACCAGGCUGGCGCUGCCAUCACGCAGGACAGUCUGGCUCAGGACCAAGGCUGGGGCAUGUCGACCAUUGCGUCCGAAGGGGAGCGCGAAGAUGACUCGUCCAUCGCCCACAGCGCUCGCGGUCCCUACGGCGCCACUCCAAUGAGCAGGAACGACACUUCGAAGACAGCGGCCGACAUUCACCAUCCUCCAAGCAUUGGUGGACCAGGCUCCCAAGGAGUCGUUGACUACCGUCGUACCACCUCUGGCUCUGCACGAUGGGAGCGCACGCUGUGGAAGAAGCUCGAAGUCGGUGACAUUGUACUGUUGCGCGAGGAUGAACAGGUGCCCGCGGACAUCAUCGUCCUCAACUCGUCUGGUGAGGACGGCAUCGUCUUUGUCGAGACGAAGAACCUCGAUGGCGAGACCAAUCUCAAGCCGCGUCGAUCGCUCAAGGCCACUCGUGCGAUCCAGUCAGAAGAGGACAUCGAAGCGUCUCGCUUCCUCAUCGACGUCGAGCCACCUCACGCCAAUCUCUACUCCUUCACCGCCUUGCUCAAGUACACUCGAGGCGACGAGGAUGCGCCUCCCGACUCGAGCGCCUACGCAACAGCUGAAAAGCACGUCGAGCCAGUGACGAUCAAUGAGCUCCUCCUGCGAGGCUGCGCCAUCCGCAACACCGAAUGGGUCAUCGGCAUCGUCGCCUUCACGGGAAGCGACACGAAGAUCAUGCUCAACUCGGGUGAGACGCCAUCGAAGCGGUCGAAGAUCGAGAAGGAGACCAAUUGGAACGUCCUCGCCAACUUCGUAUUACUUCUCUGCAUGUGCGCCAUCUGCGCCAUUGUUGGAGGGCUUGCUUUUGCUAACACAGCGUCCAGCCGGACCUACUACGAGCCUGGUGCCCUUGACUCGUCUUCCAACGUCCUCAACGCCCUUGUCAUUUUGGGCUCGUGCUUGGUUCUCUUCCAGAACAUUGUGCCCAUCUCACUCUACAUCUCGAUCGAGCUGGUCAAGACGGUACAGGCUUUCUUCAUUUACCAGGACGCCGAUAUGUAUUACGAGCCGCUGGACCAUCCCUGUGUCCCCAAGACCUGGAACAUCUCUGACGACCUCGGUCAAAUUGAAUACAUCUUCUCGGACAAGACAGGCACGCUCACACAGAACAAGAUGGAGUUCAAAAAGUGCAGUAUCAACGGCGUCUCCUAUGGCGAAGGCGUGACCGAAGCCCAGCUCGGCGCCAUGAAGCGUGAAGGACAAGACGUCUCUCGCUUCUCCCCAGAGGCCCAAAAGGCGCAGCUGGAAGAGAACAAGCGGGCCAUGAUCCAGACGAUGACGAGGAGCUACAAGAGUCGAUACCUGCGCGAAGACCGGCUCACGCUGAUUUCUCACAAGCUCAGCGAGGACUUGGCUUCGGGAUCUCCGCCUGAUCAGAGGAGAGCGAUCAUUGCCUUCUUCAGGGCGUUGGCGCUGUGCCACACGGCUCUCACUGACAGGCCAGAUGGAGACGACCCAUUCACGCUCGACUACAAGGCAGAGUCGCCUGAUGAAGCGGCGCUGGUCGCCGCUGCUAGGGAUGUGGGCGCCGUCUUCCUCAACAAGACCAAUCAGCAGGUGGACAUUGAAGUCAUGGGCCAGCCCGAGCGCUACACCCCGCUCAAGGUCCUCGAGUUCAAUUCGACCCGCAAGCGCAUGUCUGUAAUUGUUCGCGAGCCCGAGGGGCGCGUUCUCAUGAUCACUAAAGGCGCAGACUCAGUCAUAUAUCAACGCCUACGCAAGGAUCAUCCCCAAGACCUCAAAGAGUCAACUCAACGUGACCUCGACGAGUAUGCCAAUGCCGGUCUCCGCACUCUCUGCAUUGCGUACCGCUACCUGGAGGAGAGCGAGUACAUAGAGUGGGCCCGCACCUUCGACGAAGCGGCGGCUUCAACCAGCGACCGAGAGGACAAGAUCGACGAUGCCUGCGAAACGAUCGAGCACGACUUCACCCUACUGGGAGCGACUGCGCUGGAGGACAAGCUGCAGGAGGGGGUCCCCGACGCAAUCGCUCAGCUGCACGAGGCGGGCAUCAAGCUCUGGGUCCUCACAGGAGACAAGAUGCAGACUGCCAUCGAGAUCGGUUUCUCCUGCAAUCUGCUCAACGCGGAUACCGAGGUGAUGAUCAUCUCUGCUGACCAUGAGGCGGGGACUCGUUCGCAGAUCGAAGCGGCUUGCAACAAGAUUGCAGCUGCGGGGAGGCCGAUUCUGGUGGAGAAGAAGAAGAGUAACAGCAGGGGCUUGGGAGGAAAGCGCAAGUCGACGAUUGGAUUCGAGCCUACCCCUGAGGCGAUUGCUGCUGCCGGGCCAACGGGGAAGACGAGCUAUGCCGUUGUCAUUGACGGAGACACACUGCGGUACGCCUUGGACCCAGCGCUCAAGCCUCUCUUCCUGGCAUUGACGACGCAGUGCGAGACAGUCGUCUGCUGCAGAGUCAGCCCUGCGCAGAAGGCUUUGACGGUCAAGCUGGUCAAGGACGGCAAGAAUGCGAUGACGCUCGCGAUCGGAGAUGGCGCCAAUGACGUAUCGAUGAUCCAAGAAGCACACUGUGGCAUCGGUAUCGCAGGCGUCGAGGGCGCGCAAGCGUCCAUGUCAGCAGACUACGCCAUCGGUCAAUUCCGCUACCUAACUAAGCUUCUCCUCGUCCACGGCCACUGGUCCUACGUCCGUAUCGCCGACAUGCACAAGGUCUUCUUCUACAAGAACGUCAUCUGGACCUUUACGAUGUUUUUCUUUCAGCUCUACUGCGACUUCAACGCAACCUACCUCUACGACUACACCUACGUGCUCCUCUACAACCUGGUCUUCACGUCGCUGCCCGUCAUUAUCCUCGGCGCGCUCGACCAGGAUUGCAAUGCCAAGGCGCUCCUCGCGUUUCCGCAAACGUACAUGCGCGGAAUCAAGGGGCUGGAGUACACGCGAACUCUCUUCUGGCUCGCAAUGCUGGACGGCAUUUACCAGUCGUGCGUAUGCUUCUUCGUUACCUACGCCUGCUGGUCCUUCUUCCCCGUCGUAUCGGCGGACGGCCAUUCAAUGGACGGAAUCUGGAUCUUUGGCACGACUAUCGGAGCUGGAGCAGUCAUCUCUGCCAAUCUCUACGCAGGUUUGGCCAUGCGCUACUGGACUAGCUUGGUUUGGGUGGUGCAGCUCGUCUCUAUCCUCUCGUACCUCGUCUGGGCGCUCGUCUACAGCGCGUUCGACGGGACACUGUACACGGACACGGCGUACUGGGCUAUGGGUACCGUCAUCUUCUGGUGUCAGAUCCUCCUCAUCGUCACUCUGUCGCUCCUUCCACGCUUCUUCGCCAAGGCGUGGCGCACCAGCUUCAUGCCUACGCAAGUCGACCUAGUGCGCGAGAGCUGGAUCAAGGGCGACCUGAAGCAGAAGCUUGGCCUCAAGGAGAAGCCAGACGCGAGCCUUACUGAUGUCGAGACGGGCAAUGAUGUCAUCCGAGAGGAGCCGUACCGUAGUCGCUCGCGCUCAUCAAUGCGCGGCGCUGGUGGCAAUGAUAGUGGCGAAAGUGGCGGCAUGUCGACGUCACCCUCGUGGGAAACGGCGGACACGACGCAGCGUCAAUUGCGCAACUCGAAGAUGUGGCAUGACGGGCGCGGUACAAGGAUGAGCUACUAUGACCCGGAUAUGCUCGUUGGCGAGCCAGGCAGUGGACCCUCGUCGCGAAGAACGUCGCGUACGCCUGAGUCGCUGGGCCAGGAGGCCUUUAGUAGCCAUCACCAGCAGCAUCAGCCGGAGCAGUACGAGCGACAGCAACGGCCCACUCGUGCGGAUCACGCGACGCCCAUUCCUCAGAUCAACAUCCAGCGAGCUAGCGGCGCGAGCUCCAGCUUCUACCCUUACCGCCAGUCAGCGGAGUACAGCGAUGAGGAGGACGACGAGGAGGACAGAAUUGGUCACAAUGGCGCUGGAAGGAGUAGGGUGGCGCUCGUCGAUGAGAAUGGCAACGUGCGCGGCGAAGAGUACCGUCAAGCCGGGUACCGAACCCAGCCACGCCGCGACCAGCAUCACGACGAUGACGAGCUGGAGGAGGAUGAUUACGAUCACAUGCGCGAAGUCAGCGACAUUUCGUGGCAUACGGCGGAUGGUGAAGAUGGAGGAUCAGGCGGUGUCGCGAGAUGAUCGCAAUGACGGCGUUCAGCUGUCGCUAUUUUAUUCCUCAAGACGACUUCAUUUGACCUUAACUUUUACCCAUUCAUCAACGGACUCUGUAAUGUAGCGCUACGAGUGGUGCGGCGCCCCCUCUUUUCUUUCCUUUUCUUCAGUUCAUCUCUUUUGUCCCACCUUUACUACUUCUCCCUUCCUCCUCUGGCCCUUACCCUUUGUAAAUGCGAAACACCACAGCGGUAUCGAUCUUGACGUUG